UUGCAAACAGCGUUACUAAUAAAUAAAAAGGGGAAUUUAUCUUAUUGACAACUACAUCUGUCUGUGUCUAUUCAGACGUAGAUCAAAUUCAACUCUAGGCCAACAAAAAAUUAAGGUCUGUUUUUGUGCAUUGUCAGCUAUGUUGCACUUUGUCUUUUGAACUUCCAGUUGCCGACAAUAUGGACACUAAUACGGCCAUGACGGGAGACUUCUUCUACGGCUGGGAUCUAUUGUUUAAGACGAUCCGUGCCGAAGUCAACAAGAAGUCCGACGUGCUGAUAGCUUUGGUCCACUUUCUGUUGACGAAGCAUUACAACUUUCGCUGCGUGGGAAUUGGCGAUGAUAAAACACUAUCAGAGGAGGAUGUGGGAAGUGAGCUGCUGCCAGACAACUGGAACGACGACGACACCAAGUACUCGCUGCGCUAUACGCACGAAAAGGUGCUCUAUCUGCUGAUUGGGCACAUCACCGAAGAGGACUUGCUCCUUAAUUUAUUGGACAUCAAUACCAAGAAGGUGUCCAACAUUUGCAUCGAUCCCGAAAACCUGGUGGCCGCUGUUAAUGGAAACAUUAGCACAUUGAUGCCAACUGCUUCGGAGAUUGUCGAUCGCUUCCGCAAGGAGUUGCUGGAUCCAGUUUUUACAGGCAAGUCGCGCGAAGUCACCACUCAGACCAGCACAGAGCCACAACGAUCCAAUGGAGCGGAUCCAUUGCGCAUUGGGGAGCCAAGACGCGGAGGAUCAUUUAUGCCCGGAGGAUAUGAGCCUCGUCCUUUUGGCUUCCCGGACAUCGGACGCGGGGACCUGGACCCACUCGGUCGCGGUGGUCCUGGUAAUCUAUUCUCGUUCCCCUCGCGUCCCGGAAUGCCUGGUAAUGGUAUGCCCCUACCGCGCUUCGAUCCGUUUGGACCCGAGCCGAACAUACCGAAUCGCGGACCCAAUCCAGAUCACAUGCGCCCACCCAACUGGGACAACGAUUACUAUAUGUAAAUUCAAUAGUUUACACACACUUGAAACAUUUAUUUGGAAUGCAAAUCAGAAUGGAAUGGGAUUUGGAUUGAGUUUUCUUGAA